CUGGAUCAGUUUAGCCUUUUAGACUAUUUAGACAGGUGGGGACCUGAUCCUAGAUCAGCACUCCUACUCUUUGAAGCUUUGUGAAUACUGGCCCAGGUCUUGACCAUGCCUUUGAAUUAUACAACUAUUAAAGAGUGUCAAGUAAUCAAAUUAACUAACAUGUUUGCAUAGUACUCAGUAGACAUGGAGGAUGGGAAGCCUGAUCUGCUGCUAGUCAAAGAGGAGACAGUAGAAGACGGACCAGAGAGCAUUGAUCUGCUGAGUGGACUAAAGAUGGGGCAGCAAGGUGUUUGGUUGGAAGCUAACAGAGGAGACUGGGCUGCCAUCUUGGAUUCCCAGACCCAGAGCGGUGCAGCCAUGGGCCCAGGGGAUGACAUCACUGAGCAGACCAGGACCAGAGGCGACAUAGUGGAGUCCGCAGUCCAUGAGGACCUGCUGAUAUCUGUUGUUGCUGGCGGGAGAGACUGGACCUCUGAAGCGGCUGGUCACAAACCUGGCCCCGGAUCACGACCCUGGAUCAGGAGCCGUCGCUCUUCCUUCCCGAGUCGGAACCAGGACGCAACCGUGAGGGACAGAGGCUCCACAACCACACUGAAUAACUUCAGUCCUGGUGGUCAUCAGAGAGACAGAGGCUCCAGUCAGGGAUCCAGUCUGCAGCCCAGACCCUUCUCUUCACAGUCUCAGUGCAGGGAUGAAGCAGAGCCUGGGGCUGAUAGACCCUCCUGUUCCUAUGAUACAAACACUACAGUAUCCAUGAUGAACAGAGCAGGUCACCCUGGGCUUCAGCCUUCACAGAGAGUGGUGGGAGACCACCCUGAUGGUAGUCUAAUAGGAAGUCUGUCUUCUCCUUCAGGGUCUCGUCUAAUGCCUGGUGACUGGGUUCAUAGAAGGCCUGGGUCUAGCCUUCCUUAUCUACCUCAUGGUUACCCCACGAAUACAGACAGGAUCAGGAUGGGUGUUCACCACGAGAGGCACCUAACACAGCACACAAUCCCAACAACACCCAAACAAUGGCUAGAGGUCAAGGAGGGAGCUCAAAGACUAACCACCUGAGGAUGGUGGCUCCUGCUUCUACUUCCUCUAGUGUCAUUGGGUCGGAACAUGGGAGGCCGAGGAUUAGGACGGACGCCGACAAGCCAUACACCUGCCCCACGUGUGGGAAGCACUUCGUUAGGGCAAACUAUCUGAAGGAACAUCAGACCAUUCACAAGAAGGAGAGGCCCUUUAAGUGAAAACUAUGUUACAAGAGCUUCUCCUUCCUGACUAACCUUAUCAGACAUUGGAGUGUCCACAACGGGGCGAAAUCCGAGCAGUGUGGCUUGAGAUGUGCACGGGAUAUCUGGGAACCAUUCUUUAGCUGACAUAUUUAGGGCCGUAUAAAAUCAUUGUUUUCUCGAAAUCACACAUUUAAAAAAAUUGAAAAACAACAUUUGAUAUUUUAAGUCCACAACAAUGCUUAAAUCAAAUCAUGAGAACGCAUUUGAGGACUGGGAAAAAUACAAGAUAUUUAGAUUUGUGGGUGUAGUUACCCUUUUAAUGCAAGUGUGCACCAGCAAGAGACUAUCUUUUGGUUGUGAUGUUUCUGUAGCGCUCAGGUGAUUGCAGAGUUUGCUAAACAAAUGGCCACUGGAUUGAAGCAAAUAAUCAAGCCAGGUAGGCAUAGGCUACAUUGUAGUUA